AUAAUCACAAGAGUCCCCAGAAAACUCCCAAAGCGAGUAAAGAAUCAAAUGGCAAAGUCAAUAAUGUGCAUUGUUCUCACUGAAAUUUCCCUCGUUGCCUUGUUUCAUAUUUGUAUAUGUUAUCAAACCAACGAAUGCACGAGCACCCCCUCUCUCUCCCCACAGUUUUACAACAGCUCUUGCCCAAAAGCUCAAACAAUCGUUCAAUCAUUUGUCGCCAAAGCAUACUCCAACGACCCUCGCAUGGCUGCCUCAUUGCUUAGGCUUCAUUUCCAUGAUUGUUUCGUCAAUGGAUGUGAAGCUUCAUUAUUAUUGGACAAUAGCGGAACGAUGGAAAGCGAGAAACGAUCAGUCUCAAACCAAGACUCUGCUCGAGGGUUCGAAGUCAUCGACGAUAUCAAGUCUGCCUUGGAAAAUGAAUGUCCACAAACAGUUUCUUGCGCUGAUAUUUUGGCUAUCGUCGCUAGAGACACCACUGUUAUUACCGGUGGACCGAGUUGGGAAGUAUAUCUAGGAAGAAGAGACGCAAGAGAAGCAAACUUGAAAGGUUCCAACGACAACAUUCCUCUUUCUAACUCCACGUUUGAGAGCAUCGUCACCAUGUUCAACGUUCAAGGACUCGAUCUGACCGAUGUUGUUGCUCUCUUAGGAAGUCAUACGAUAGGAAACUCGAGGUGCAAGAGUUUCCGACAAAGGCUAUACAACCAAUCUGGAAACAGCGAUCUUGACCAGACUUUGAAUCAAAACUACGCCUCUAUGUUGCAGCAGGGGUGUCCGAUUUCCGGUGACGACCAGAACCUCUUUGCUCUCGACUAUGUGACGCCAACUAAGUUUGACAACUACUACUUCAAGAACCUGAUGACGUUUAAAGGACUCUUGAGUUCUGAUGAGGUGUUGUUCACAAAGAGCAGAGUCUCCAUGCAGCUGGUCAAGCUUUAUGCGGAGAAUGAGGAAGCCUUCUUUGAGCAGUUCGCGAAGUCGAUGGUGAAGAUGGGAAAUAUCUCGCCGUUGACUGGGACAAAUGGUGAGAUCCGGAGGAUCUGCCGGAGAGUUAAUCACGUAGACGUCUAAUACUUCAUUAAUAUUAUUGCAUAUUCAAUGUCAUGUUUUAAAUUAUGAGUUUGGUGUGUGUGUUCAAGAACUACUGAGUUUGGUGUUUGUUUGUAAUAUACUCCCUGUGUUUUUUUUUUCUUGGUAGAAUUAUAUUUGUUGUAAAUUCAUGAGAUUGAUUAACGUUUCUUAAUUUAUGUAGAGUUGUACG